AUGACUUUGAUCCACAGUUCUCCAGAGUCGAUCAGCCUGGACAGGAGAGCCGUUGGAAAUCAUUCGUACUGGUCCCUUCCCAACAUCUAUGAUCCUGUCUCUGCUGGCUGUCUUAUAGGGACAGUCCAGCCGCAUUUCGCCUGUGGCCUACGGCUGGGCGCAGAACAUGGUACGACGCCGAUGUCCGAGAAUCUGCUUGCUCAGGCUUGUCUUUCAUUCGCGAGCACCCUGCGGUGGGACCUCAAGUUCGAAGGCAAUUUGAUAAUGUACACAAGAAAGAUAUCCAAAUUUAUCUCCUAUUACUUCUCCAUCUAA